CCUGUUCGAGGCUCCCGACCUGCAGCUGCUCUUCGACCCGGACGAGCAGGGAGCGGGGGACGGCUACUUCCUGGCGCUAGGCGGGCUCAGCGCACGAGCCGCUCAGGAGCUCCCUACCCCAGCGGCGACCGGCACCACCACCGCAAACGAGCCCUCCAAGAAGACAACCAUGCGCACCCUCAACGCAACCGCAACGCCCACCGAUGGCGUCGCCGCAGCCGCCAUCACCGCCGCCCUUGCCACCGCCGGCCCGGCGGGUUUUAAUCUGUACGGCGAUACCCCGCACAACGUCUUCCAGGAGCUGCCCACGGAC